AUGCUGCAGCAGUUACAGGACUCGAAGUCCUCCGUCAGCAAGCUGGUCGAGACGAGAGACGAGGAGGGGAACACUGGCUUCAUGAUCGCAGCCGUGCAGGGGCUGAGGAGGAUGUGCAGAGCGCUGCUGGACUUCAGCUGCAACGUGGACGCGCAGAACGUGGAGGGCAACACGGCAUUGCACCUCUGCCAGAUCAAAGGCCAGCACUCGAUGAUCCCCUUUAUCCUCAAGAAGGGAGCGGAUCCCUCCAUAGCGAACUUGCAGGGCAAGACCUACAACGAGUCCUAA